AUGCGCGGUAUCCUCCCCUUCCUCAUCACCCAGACAGCGCUUCUGUCAACGGCAGCAACAGCAUCAAAAUGCUACUUCAGCGACGGCAGCGAAGCCUCCAGCGAAAUUCAACCGUGCUUCCCCUCAAAAUCCACCAGCGCCUGCUGCUCCACCAACAAAUCCGGCACCCUGCCCAACGACGUCUGUCUACACAACGGGCUCUGCAUGGCCCAAGUGGCGCAGUACUCCGGCCUGAUCUUCCAGAACGCCUGCACCGAUAAAUCAUGGGAGAGUCCGGACUGUCCGAGUGUCUGUGGAAUGUCUCUUGCGCAGAAUACGGGAAUCUAUGUCCUGCCGUGUCCGCAGAGGGGAGUCGGAUAUUGGUGCUGUAGCGCGAAUGGGACGGAGUGCUGCGAUGAUGCGUUUCGGAUGAAUAUGGGGUCGUUGGUGAUUGGCGAGGAUACGAGCUCUGAUUCCUCGACGUCUGCGGCUGGAAGUGAGACUACCGCGAAGGCGACGACCACGACGACAGCGGAUGUCACGACAACAGCGACAGCGACAUCGAAUCCGACAUCCUGUGCAUUAGAAGAUGCAGGCGCAGAAUGUCCCAAGUCAAACACUACUGCUGUUGGCGCGGGCUUGGGAAUCUCGCUCGGCGCGUGUUUGGUCGGGACGGUGGGUGCGUUAUUCUUUCAGCGACGGGCGCAUCAGAAGAAGUUACGCGAGUAUAGUGCCUUGCAUGCGAGCCAGAUGGUGCAGUUGGGUCAUGGUGGUCCGUCUGCGCAUCCGACUAUGCAGACGAUGGCGGAGCUGCCGCUGCGGCCGAAUAAAGUGUACGAGAUUGGGGACAGUCGAGGGUGA